AUGAGAAGGAGGUUUGAAAGUGGUUAUAAUUAAAGAAAUCAAAUAGAUAAAAGAGAAUAUGCAUAGUAUUUAGAAAAUUAAAUUAAAUUAAAAGAAGAAAGAAAUAAAGAAGAUAGAAUUUUAGAUAAUGUUAAAGAUCAAUUUUUGUUUUAGUAGUAUAUUUCCUAUUGAUUAUUUAAGAUAACCAAGAUCAAGAUUCUAAAUUCAUUCAAUCUUUAAUAAUUAAGAUUUAGAAAAAAGACAAAAACUAUAACAAUUAAAGUUAGAAUAGGAUAUAUAUAAUUAUAAUAAGAUGAUAGCUGAAGAUAAAAAGCGAAUUAAAGAAUUAAGUAAAUCCUAGCAAAAUGAUAGUUUAAUUGUUCCACUAAAAUUACCAAAAAUAUAAACUUAUUCUUAAGAACCUUAAACUAAUAAAAAUAUGAAUACUUAAGUAUUAAUUGUACCAAAUACUUUGUCAAAAUCUUUUGUAUUAAAUACAGAACAUUCUCAAAUUCAACAUCCUAUAAUAUCUACAUUAAAUCCAUAUGUUGAUUUAAAAAUAAGUCCAAGUAAAAUAUAAGAUCAAAUUGACUAAAAUCAAUUAGAAUUUCAAGAAUAGAAAUAAAAAGAAGAAAUAAGAAAAAGAAAUCAAGAAUUAGAAGCAUUAAGAAAAAAAAUGCAUGAUAAUUAUAUUACUACACGAAAUCAAAUUACUUCUCUUGUUGAGUUUAUUAAAUAUAAUUAGUAAUAGCAGAAUUAAUUUUUAGUUUUAUCUAGAUAAUUAAAUACUCUAAUGAAAUAAGAUUAAUUUUAACCAGCUUAUCCAUUUUUAAAGGAGGAAUUAAAUAAACAAAUGAAUAAUUAAUAUUUUCAUCAUAAUGAAUUUUUGGAAUAAGUCAAAGAUGAAUUAUAAACAUCUUCAAAUUAUGUAUGUAUCAACAAAUAAGAUAGAUUUAAUUUUAAUAAAUUGGAAAAGUUUAAGAUUAUGAAGAUCUAGUCUUUGAGCUUUGA